AGAACGUAACGUGGUGGGGGUAAUAACGCAGGCGGAAGUGUGUAUGUCAUGCUGGAACAUUGAGGAUCUCUGUAACUGGAUUGGAGUUACUGGAUUCAUUCAAAGAUUUUAUAAAACGAAAGCGGUCAAUAUCCAUAUGUCUCCGGCCUCUGGAAUGUUGCUGGACGAGACUCCUCUGUUUGAUCCUUCUCUGCUUCAUGAGCUGGACUGGAGCAGCAACACUGUCUCCUUCUCUCCUGCCAUUUCUCCCUCUCAGCCUGGAGAAGGUCUGGUCCUCCGUCCUCUCUGUACUGCUGACCUAGACAGAGGCUUCUAUAAGGUCUUAUCGCAGCUGACAGUGGCUGGGGAUGUCACAGAAGAACAGUUCAAAGCAAAUUUUGAACAUAUGAAGAAAUCUGGAGACUAUUUUGUCAUAGUGGUGGAAGACACAAAUCUUGGACAGAUUGUUGCCACAGCAACACUCAUCAUAGAGCACAAAUUUAUCCAUGCUUGUGCAAAGAGGGGGCGUGUGGAAGAAGUGGUUGUGAGUGAUGUAUGCAGAGGAAAACAGCUUGGAAAACUGUUGGUAUCAACAUUGACUCUCCUCAGCAAAAAAUUGCAGUGCUACAAAAUAACGCUGGAGUGUGCCCCGAAAAAUGUGGAGUUUUAUAAGAAGUUUGGCUACUCUGCUUCAGAUGAGACUUACAUGCAGCGCCGGUUCUUUGACUAAAUCCAAAAGAAUCUUGAACAUCAUAGAAUGUUUGCUUUAGAACUCUUAAUCUGUUCUAUUUUCUGAGAUUAGACUACCUCGAACUUGCACCUUUUUAGCUAGCAAAAAAAAGAAAAACUUGGUAAAUUGGUGACAAGUUUUGUCACAGUAUCAAAAUAUUCUGAAAUAAUGCGUUUUGAAUUCACUACAACACAGAACAAUGCGCAUAUUCAAGAACGUCUCUAAAUGUAUGCAGCCAACAUCAAGCACUUGCUUUGAAAGUUAUUCAGUUGUCUGUUUAAAAUGUGUUUUCACUUCACAUAACUUGCUUUAGAAACAGAAAUCAUGUCUGAUCACAUAUAGAAUGUAGUUUACAUCGUCAUUCACGAUAAGUAACACUGUGGCCUGUCUAAGAGAAAAGCAAAACAUUUUGUUUUAUAGAAGGGCUUACAUACUUGAAUGUUUUCUAAUGUAAAGAUUUAUAUAUAAGUAAAUUUUUUUGAAGAGGGAAAACCGUUUCGAACCCAUUUAGUUUCCAAAUAUUCUUUUUAAAAAACAAGUGUGAGGCACAUUUCCCUCUUUUUCUUAAAAUGUUAAUGCUGUGUUUUGUGCUUUAUUCUCUUUAAAAUACCAAAACUCAAAUCAAAUUUUUCAUUCUACAAGUGAGUACUAUGAAAGCCGUAUUGAAACGGUAAUAGAAAAAAAGGUUUACAUUUAUUGUGCUUAAUGUGUAUUUUGUCAAUUCUGGCUUUAGUCUUAGCCACUGGUGAUAAUCAUUAGUCAUGUGUAAAACCUAGAUGAAGGAAAAUAAAUUAUUUUGAAUAAUGAAUGAUGCAAGAAUGAAAGCAUAUCUUUGUAUGCUAAAUGUCUUUAUUUUUGUAUUUUUCACUGAUAGCCGACAAAUUAGGGGCAUUCAAAUACUUUGUCUCAUCUGUCAAUCAACAGCCAAACAUGUGGCAGUGAUGGUAUUUGUGCUUUUAUAGCUGUUAUAUUUGAUGCAUCACCAAUGGGUGAAUGGAUGAAAUGUUUAAUUAAAAAUCAAUUAUAAAUCUCAA